AGAGUAAUUGUCCGUGAACAAAAUAGUUGUAGAAGGCUGGUGGUACUAGCGGUUGUACCAACACCAAGUACAGCAACUCUGACGGUAUAAUUUACAUCACGCUCCUGUUCCACUUUGACUUUAACCUCGACGGCGAAAGAACUGCUUGUCAGCCGUUCUCUUAAUUUACACAGCUGUACUCAUUUUCGACAACCCUGAAUCAACUUUCAAGAUCAACUAUCAAGAUGGGUCCCCGGUCUCCUGCCUCGCGCCGCGAGCGUUUCGACGUAGGAGACGUGCACAACACUCUCUCCCCUUCGUUCUUUGUCAUGCAAAACCACAACUGCAUUUCCAUUUGCUGCCUUGUGGCACUGUUUGCAUGACAAAUUUGAAUUUCGGAGGCGCAACCAGUACUAUCUCCGGCUGAUCAUGAGCUUGUGAUGCACCCGCUCGAUGAAUGCUGGUGUUUGUAUUGCUGUUCAUGCAAAAUUACAAAGGCCGGGGAGAGGUGGGAGUUGUGCACUCUCAUACGACAGCGCCGACAGCAUGAAAUCUGUCGUGGAAGAGGACAGCCGUCCGCCGAAGCCGAAGCCGCAGGGCUCGAUUUCCCGGGCGCUGAACAUAUGGGGUUCUCAAACGUAUACAUUCUCAACUGUUACAUGAUUUGUCAUGCAAAAUUGCAAUCAGAAUCGACACGAUCAAGCUGUCGCGCUGGCUAGCUGGCCGGGCUGUACUGAUCAGGUGUGGUGGGUAGCUCCCGACUGGUUGGUACUUUUAUUGAGGCGACUUGCUGUGGUAGCGCUCGGCUUUUGUAUGUUGAGGUCGCCAAAAGUGCUUCCUUGCCCACCCCCCGGGGAGGGGAUCCUUGACCUGUGGCGCUGGGUGCGGGUGUCCACUACAUGAUGAUGAUGAAGCUGCUUCGCAUUACAAAUUCUCGAAGAGCCCAACAGGCUGAGAAUCUGUGCGAAAUCUGUCAUGCAAGACGCGCAAGGUCCCCUCUUUCACGGUUGCCGUUCUUGCAUCACAAAUCCAUGUAACAGUUGAGGAUGUAACAGUUGAGAACGCCAUAGGGCACCCGCCCAGGUUUGAAUCCGUUUCUGGCUGUAUGUGUAGGUGAAAUCAGUCAUGCAUGUCAUUUGGUAAGUUCUUGUCUGGUCGUGAAUUUGUCAUGGGCACCGCACUAAGGUUUCGUGUUUGUCAUGCUUCUACGCCUAAUACGAAUCGAGAUCGACAAGAUCGUGGUCGUGAUUUCACAUACCAUACGCUGCCCAGCAGGAUACGGAGGUGGCGGACCGUAUCCUGAGCAAAAACGUCCCCACCUCCCCAUAGUCAAAAUGGGAAAUCCCCUAGACAAAAUCAGCCACCUGUGGUUGUUGAUGCGCAUGACAAGUUUAUUGGCCUCAUAGUGUAUAAAAUCCUGUAGUUUAGCUUGUUCAUCUUCAGCAGCAUCACAGAUCCAGCCCGUUAUGCUGAAUGGAGCAUUACAAAUUUCAAAACCCGACUAGAAAUAAGCUUUUGUAGCAUGGACCUCCGCAUGAGAAACAUUUUGGGCAUGCAGAAUUGCAUGACAACUAUGUUGGGGACGUUUUUCCAUAGGAUAGACCGCCGCCGCGCGUUCAUGAACAGCAUCAUGGACGAUUCCGAGGACGACGACUAUGCAUCGCCAAAGCAUCUUCGUACUAGUGGAAACUGCAUCACAAACUUGCUCAGCAUGACAAAUGGAAGUUGUCAUGCUGCUUUACCGUGAGAAGGAGAUUUGUCAUGCAAGCAUAGCUUCGAUAGUACUUUUGCAAUGCAUAACGACGACGUGAAUGUCAAAUUCGCGACCGUGUUCGUGAUAUCCUGUGCAAAACUAUCGUACUAGUAGAAAUCGUAAUCGAAAAAUGACAGAUUUCUUCAGCAUGAUGAGAAAUGAAAUUUGUAAUGUCGAUGUACCUUGAGGAAGAGAUUUGCAAUGUGUGAAUGCGAUUGGUAGAAGUGCGAUAUUUUUGCAGAGGAUACGUGAAAGACAAGGACGAGAAGACCCAGGCGUACUCCUUAUGCAUUGCAAAUAUAUCUGGUUCAGGUGAAAAAAUGCAAGCUCUGUCAUGCUUAUCUGGCAUGACUGAAGAGUUUGUGAUGCGUUUCCAAGAACUAGAAAAGACCUAUUUGCUUGUCAUGCAAAAUACACGCAGUUUGUCAUGCGAGAAGAGCAGCACUUCUAAAAAGCUGCGCAAAUAUAAAUUUUUUAUGUCCGGCUGUGCAUUACUUACUAGAAUUACAGGGCAUUUCUCACUAUUCACAACCCCGCAUUUUUACAAGUUUCCAGACCCAGACACAUUUGUAUUUGAUACACCUAUCCCGGCGGCAAGGUCGUGGACUCGGCUACGAAGCAGUACGGCAUGUAAGCAAGAAAAAAAAUGUGUAUGUAAGUGUAACUUUGUGUCGCAGACGAUGCAAGACAAUUACGCGUGUCAUGCUGGACAUGUGUCUGAGGGUCUUUUCGUACGUGUUUUCACGUACCAGCUACGCAUGACAUGCAGAGCAAACUUGUGAUGCUAUUCCUCCCAGAAAGUUACACUUACGCAGUUUUUUUCUUGCAUAGCAUGACGAGCAAGACCACUACCACUUCGGACGAGCAAAAGGGUAGUAGUACUAAGGAACAACGCAAACAGAAACACACCUCCUCCAAAGAGGACCACGACUACAAAGAGGAUAAGGAUAUUACCAAAAAGAAGAAGGAAGACCGCAAAAAGCGCCUAUCAAAAGGAAAAAUCCCCCCUCCCCAUAUCAAAACGAAAUUUCUGAUGCUGGAUUUGGAUACACAGAUCACAUUUGUCUUGCAGCAGAGGACUGCAGGCAUAUGCCGAGCCUGAGGCGAGAGGUUUUGACGUAGGUGCCUAGCAUGACAAACGUCUAUGCUGUAGGCCCAACAGCAUCACAAACCGCCUACAUAGUGCGGCGGACUCUCUAGAGUUGCCCUCUUGCAAGACAAACAGGAUUUGUCGUCACAGAUCUACAUCACAAAUUUUCAGGCGCAUGCGUUUUCAAUACGGGGAGGGGGGAUUUUUCCUUACGAUAGCGCCGUGAUGACCGCUCGUCGUCUGACAGCGACAAGUCCUUGCCGGAGGGCAGGCUGAAGAAGCGGGAGAAGCGGGAACGUGUAUCAAAUGUAAAAAUGUCUGGGUCUGGAAGAUUGCCAGGUUUGUCAUGCACAUUUUGCAUGACUCCUGAUGUCUGUGAUGCAUGCCCUAGCAUCACAGAUUUUGUGAGGGCUUCCUGAUGCCUACACCGCAUGACAAAUGCUCUUUCCGUGUAGCAAAACUUGGACUCUCGUUGCUGCUCAUGCAAUACAGAUUUUUUUAGAAUCCAAAAUCAGCACGACAAGUUGGAUUCUUCCAGACCCAGACAUUUUUACAAUUGAUAAUGUGAUGAAGAAUACUAUAAGUCCACCUCGUCGGACCACGAGUACCCGGGACAGCACCCGUUGGCCAUGCGGGAAUUAAAACGCCAACGCGAGGAAGAAGAAAAGCGGAAGCGAAUGCGGAGGUCGGUACGCAAUAAAAAAAUUGUGUAGAGUGUAACUCUGUAAUGCAUAACGACGUAACACAGUAUAUCAUUUGUCAUGCUGGCCAGCAAUGCGGUCCUCUUUUCAUCAACAUAUGUGUUUUAUUCACUAUCACUGAUACUAGCUGUGCACCAUGACAGACUUCCUCUGUGCAACAUCGGAGCAAAUUGAAAUUUGUCAUGCUGUCACACUAGCACAGCUUUUUUCUUGGAUAGUGCUCCUACGACGCGCCUGCCUCGGAGGGGGACAUGGAAGGAAGAGACUACCCGGGACCGCACCCAUUGGCCAUGCGGGAAUUAAAACGCCAACGCGAGGAAGAAGAAAAGCGGAAGCGGAAGGCGGAGUCGUCCGAUCACAGCCGCGAUUAUGUAUCCAAGAAAAAAACGUUGUUAGUGUAAAUUUGUGAUGCGCAACAUGCAAGACGAUUGCGUCUGCCAUGCUUGGCAUGCAUCGUAGGGCCCAUUUGAGGGCGUUUUCACGUAGUACUAUCUGCGCGCGACAGGUUUUUGCUGUCAUGCCAGACAAAUUUGUAAUGUUGUUCCUCCAAAAAAGUUACGCAAUGUUUUUUUGUUGGAUAUUAUGCAAUGCAAAUUUACCGGUUUAUGGUCUAGUACAUAAUACAAAAUGCAUCGCAAAUUUGUUUGCCAACCUGAGGCACAUUGAUUAAAAAGACUAAGAACACUUGUCAUGCUCCUGAGAAUGCAGCUCUGGUGCGGUGGGACGAGAUGAAAAUUUGUCAUGCAAUGCUCUACUACGGCCUCUGUGGGAAAUUUGGUUUCGAUCGCGCUUCCAGUGAGGAUCGGUAUGCGAAGAAGAAGAACCGCAGAAACUGAACGGGUGAGGGGGAUAUUACAACUUCAUCCUCUACAUCUUCAAGGGGAAGAGCCACUACAUCAAAACCUGGAUUAUAGGAUUGUAGAUGGAACAGAAUCUUGUGCUACUUGUUCAAGAAUGUGAGCAGUACAGCAGUUUUCGAAGAAACUUCUAUGACUUUUUCAAGAAACUACAGGUAUACGAAUUUAUUACUUGACAACCAGGACCCACCUGCUGCUCGUGGUAGGUGAGGGUUCAUCUUCUUCAUGCUGUGUUUUUUUCUAAAGGCGAACGACGAUUGCGAGUGGCAAGUAUUUUUAAAACACCUUCUAUUUAUUGAUUCACAUCUGCGAUACUGGAUGCGCAAACGGAAUUCAGAUUCUUGAAGCCAGCAUGAGCUCCUACAAAUUUUGUCUUUAUCCCGAUAAGACAAAAAA